AUGUUAGGACACGCAGUAAUACUCUUCUACGUAAUAGUCGCUGGAUGUACAUCUAUAGGUACUCUGGCAGCACAGCCGAAGUGUGCGGGUCGUGGAAAUCGAUCGGAAGAGCUGCAGAAGCACUGCGACGGAUACUGCUUCCCGGCGAUAAGACCGGUUCUUGUCCAGCUCCAAACUCUGAAGGACGAACUGUCCACGCUCAAGAUCCAGCAGGGCUUCAAGAUGAUUGGGUCCGACCUAUACCACAUUGAGGAGGCGGAUGAGGUGGGUUGGAACGAUGCAGUUAAUAUGUGCCGCAAGUACAACGCACAUCUGGUGGUUGUUAAGGACGAAAAGGAGGAGAAGGCUCUCAAGGCGCAACUCGAUUUCUGGAACUCCUACUGGGUGGGCAUCGGUGAAAGCAAGCCUGCUAAAGGAGACUGCCCCACAUUAACUACUUACGGAAUGAGGGACAUAAAAUGUUUUAAGAAGAGUAACUUUAUUUGCAAGGCUGAUUAA